UAUCAUAACUUGCUUUGCUUGAUUGAAUGAUGACAAAUUGAACAAUUGUGUACCGACAAACUGCCGUGUAAAUUAGGAUCGUUCUGGUUGAAAUAUAUUAAAGACAACAGUUUGAAGAUAUCUGCAAAAUGUCUGAAAACGUUAAUAUUGAUCUUUCGGGAGAAAUUAAUGCUACAGUAGAAAAGAAAGGUUUUCAAAAGUAUGUCAAUGAAGUGGAAUUGUUACUUCAGCAUGUGCGCAGCGGUGCUGGGCCAGCUUUGCUUAUGGGUGUCCUUGCAUCACGCAGACCAUGGACUCAAUUUGUUGCUACUGACAACUUUAAAGCUCCACCAUCUUUGCCUCGACUGUCCCGAAGAUUUUAUCGAAAUGUGGAAUAUUUUCAAGCCAAUUACCUGAUGGUGUUUCUGGGACUAUUUGCUUAUUGCCUAAUAACCACUCCACUUCUGCUGAUUGCUAUGGUAGCCAGUUUCUUUGGGUAUAGAAAGCUAACAUCAGGGCCCAAUACUUGGAAGCCAAAAAUUGGUGGCUGGGAGUUGACUAAGCCACAGCAGUAUGCAGUAGGGGCAGCAGGUUCCAUGGCUUUAUGCUGGCUUGCUGGGGCUGGAGCUGUGCUAUUUUGGGUGUUAGGCGCCACUGUUACGGUAGUGGCUUUGCAUGCUAGCUUCUUCGAUGCGGAGGCUUUGCCGGCUUCCGACGACCCGGAGCAGUUCCCCAUGAUAGAGCAGGUGUGACACGGCCACCUGCCGCUGUUCUUACCACCGCCCGGCCGCAUCACCCACCGUAUUAACGAACCAAACUGACACGCUUCGAAUAUGACAAAUAGUUUGCAAUACACAUAAUGCUUUUGGCGAGUCAUUUUGACAUUUCAUACUAAAUAUUUUUGGUUAAAAGAAGUCUUCGUUAUUAGCAUACAUAUUUAUCCAUAGCAAAAGUUAACCAAAGACCGAAUUGUCUUACCCUUCAAACUCUCAUGCACUUUUUAGCUUAAUACUUGGCGGGCCGGGUGACGCAGUCAGUGCAAAAACUAAAAGAGGAUUAGUAAAAUCAGUUUUCAUUCUCUCCUAAAGUGUAUAAGUAUGUACUUAAAUAAUACUUAUCGUUUAUUUUUGUAAUGUAGUCAAAGCAAUUGAUAUGGUGUAAUAAAAAUAAUUACCUAUAUUGCUCUAAUGCAAGUUACAAUUAAGCCAAGAUUUUCAAUGUAUUUGUUAUAAUGUA